AUGGUAGGCAGAGCUCACAUUGUAAAAUGCAGUAUCCAUGAUCUUCACCCUCCACUUCAUAAAUAUCAUAAGCAAGGAGAUCUUAUCAUUGGUGGUGUACCUACUCUUUCUGGUUUGCUCCCAGUGUCAAUAGGCUUCAGAAAACAACCUCCUGUGGCAUUGUCUGAAGAAAUUCUCCUGAUACCUAAGAAUUACCAGCACAUACUGGCCUUGGUAUUUGCAGUAAAGGAGAUCAAUGAAAACCCACAGAUUUUAUCCAAUUUUACCUUGGGCUUCCAUAUCUAUGACAGCUAUGACAAUGCCCAGAGGACUUAUCAGACCACCAUGCUCCUUCUAUCAUCAGAAGAGAGGUUGAUUCCCAACUAUACAUGUGACAAUCAACACAAUCUGAUAGCAGUUAUUGGGGGUCUUGAUUCCACUGUUUCUCGUCAUAUAGCAACUAUUUUGGAUAUCUAUAAAAUUCCACAGCUCACCUAUGGCUCUGCUCCAGUCAUGAAUGACAAAACUCCAGGCCUUUUCUUUUACCAGACCACUCCUCAAGAAUCUCUCCAAUAUCCAGGAAUUGUCUCUUUGUUGCUGCAUUUCAAGUGGUUUUGGAUUGGAGUCAUUGCUAUUGAUAAUGAUAAUGGAGAAAGAUUUUUACAAGCCAUCUCACUGAUUUUUUCUCAGAGUGAUAUCUGCUUGGCCUUCAUUGAAAGGGUAUUUAUUUAUUUCCUUCACAUCAGUUACAUGCUGCAACAGGGAACAAAAAUAUAUUAUAAAUUGAUGGGCAGCAAAGCUAAUGUAGUACUAAUUCAUGGAGAAUCAUAUUCUAUGGCACUUUAUGGUUGGCUUCCAUAUUUUUAUGAAUUACAGACAGAUAGGGCUAAAGGUAAAGUAUGGAUAGCAACAACUCAGCUAGAGUUUCUAUCACUUGCUUUGCAAAGAAAUUGGGAAGCAGAAGUGUUCCAUGGGGCAUUAUCAUUCAAAAUUCACUCCAAUGAUAUAUCAGGAUUCAGGUGGUUUCUUGAAAACAUAAGUCCUUACAACUCAAAAGAUGGCUUCAUUGGUGACUUUUGGCAACAAGUUUUCACUUGUGCACUCCCAAACUCCAUGGAGGAAGAUGUGAGUAUUUGCACUGGGAAAGAGAAGUUGGAGAGCCUUCCUGGGGCAUUUUUUGAAAUGGCCAUGACUACCCCCAGCUAUAGCAUCUACAAUGCUGUUCAAGCAGUGGCCCAUGCUAUCCAUGACAUGACUUUCUCUAACAUCAAAUUCAGAGCAAAGAGGGAUGCUCAAGGACAGAAUCUGCAAAGUCAAAAACACUGGCAGCUCCACCACUUUCUGAGAUGUACCUCAUUUAAUAAUACUGCUCAAGAUAGGAUCACCUUCAACCAGAAAGGAGAGCUGGUGACUGGAUUUGAUAUCUUCAACUGGAUUAUUUUUUCCAACCUCUCUUUACAAAGAGUGAAAGUUGGGAGUGUAGAUCCCCUGGCACCUGCAGAUCAAAUGUUCACCAUUAAUGAUGAUGUCAUUACCUGGCACAGCUGGUUUAACCAGACUCGGCCUUUAUCGCUAUGUAGUGAACACUGCCAUCCUGGCUCUAGCAAAAAAGUGAGGGAAGGGGAGCCAUUUUGUUGUUAUGACUGUGUCCUGUGUCCCAAAGGGAAAAUUUCAGACAAAGAAGACAUGAAUGAGUGUAAGAAAUGUUCAGACAAAGAGUUUGCAAAUAAGAAUCAAGAUUUCUGUUACCCUAAGAUUAUAACAUUUCUGUCUUACAAAGAACCUUUGGGAAUCGCUUUUACUUUCCUGGCAUUUUUCUUUUUUUCAUUGACAGCUCUGGUGCUUGGCAUAUUUAUGACACAUCACCACACUCCCAUUGUCAGAGCCAACAACCAGAGUCUUACCUACACUCUCCUCAUCUCCCUCCUGUUCUGCUUCCUUUGCACAUUGCUAUUCAUUGGCAAACCAAGAAAAGUGGUCUGUCUUCUUCAACAAACAGCAUUGGGCAUCAUCUUUUCAGUGGCUGUUUCUUGUGUGCUGGCCAAAACCAUCACAGUGGUUCUGGCUUUCAUGGCCACCAAACCAGGAUCCAGGAUGAGGAAGUUGGUGGGGAAAAGACUGGCCAGCUCUAUUGUUCUUUCCUGCUUUCUAAUUCAAGCAGGCAUCUGUGUUGGAUGGUUGACAAUUUCUCCCCCUUUUCCAGGCAUGGAUAUGUAUUCAGUGACUGAAGAAAUUGUACUGCAAUGCAGUGCAGGUUCUAUGGUUAUGUUUUACUCUGUAUUGGGCUAUCUGGGCUUCCUGGCCAUUAUCAGUUUUGCUGUGGCUUUCCUUGCUAGGAAAUUACCAGAUACUUUUAAUGAAGCCAAGUUUAUCACUUUCAGUAUGUUGGUCUUUUGUAGUGUUUGGCUCUCUUUUGUUCCAACCUACCUGAGUUCCAAGGGAAAAUAUACAGUUGCUGUGGAGAUGUUCUCUAUCUUAGCCUCCGGUGCUGGACUCCUAGGAUGUAUCUUUUUUCCAAAAUGUUAUAUAAUUUUGUUAAAGCCUAAAUUGAACAAGGGGCAAAUAAUGAGAAAAAAAUGUUGA